AUUCCGCAUUCCCAGCCUGGGGGCGCGCGCGGCUCCUUAAUGAGACUCGGGCCAAGGGCCGACCUCGCGAUUCCGCUCGCCCCUAUUUUAUGUUUGAUUUUUCCUUCCCAACGCCGGGUAGCGCUGGGACCCGAACGGGGCCGGCCAGCUGCGGCGGGAGGAGCCUCCACCUCCCCCAGCUGCGUUUCUCCAGGGUAGACGCCACCGCAGUCACUCAUGUCCCUUUUCAAAGGAUGCACGCUCCCCACCGGGCGCCGGAGGUGUUUUGCAGCCGCUCUUCCAGAGGCGCGGGUAGGGGGCACCCUACCCCCAUCCCCAGAGUUCGCUGGGCACUGGCUGGGAAUCAGCCUCGCUGCUGUGCCCAGCUCCUCUCGGGCCGCGGGGGCUCUGGGGCUCAGCUUCGUGCGGGAUGGGUCCGGGGCGCAGCUGUGGGAAACCUAUUUAUUCUGUUGCUGGGGAAGGAAGACGGAGAAGAGGAGGGGACAGUGCUUUCCUACAGUAGUAUGGUGCAUAUCUCCAACAUCACAGGCAUUGUAGGUACAACAGUGAGCAAGACAAAACCAGCUCUUGUCCUCAUGGAACUAACUUUCUAGAAGGGAAGGCAGACACUAAGCUUCUAAUUGCUUGCAAUUGUGGUGUGAUUUGGCAUCAUGCACUUUGCUCAUCUUACGGAGAAGACUGAGGCCUGUGGAUGGAAAGGGCGAGGGAGCAGCCUGCUAUCUUUAGAGAACACAGUUUCAGCCUCAAGUUCUUCCUGUACCUCCGAUAUGGAUCUACCCUUCCUGGAUUGAAGCCUUGUGCCAAGUCCAUGGGCCUGAUGAUCCUCUGACUCUCCAAAUGCCAGAUUUUCCUCCUCCUUGCCUCAGGGAAGUGAAGGGCAGCCGAUAGCCCACCUGGAGAAUAAAAUAUGACUACAACCUCCAGUGCUCCAUGGACCUGUCAUUCUCAGCAGUGUAAAUCCUACUGCUCAGAGUGAAGGCAGUUAGCACAAGGUAGACAGCCAGUUGUUUCCGCUAUUCCAAUCCUGCAUGUCAUUUACCUGGAAAGAGGUUCUAUACAUUCCCUCUGCCUUUCCUACUACCCCAGCAGACUGCCCACGGUCUCACAUGUUAGUCCUAGUUACGGAUUCCCAACCAGCAAUGCCACUGGAGCUUAGAUAAGGGGAAGUCAGAGGAGCCACCCCAACUGGAGCCCGGGCUGGAGAGAGGACCUGGCAUGUGUGUACUCUUCUAUCCCAGAUGAGCACCUUAUCAGCUUAAGGUGGUAGUGUCUCUGCUGUUUCCAUUCUGUUUGUGUCUUCUGGACAGAGGAUUGGCAAUGGUUGGAGGUUAUCUCAGUCACCAGUUCCCAGGUGAUGCCUGGAAGAGCCCUGUCCUCCUGCCAAGAAGCCAGGCAGCAAGUGGGGUUCUGUCCCAGGCCCCAGUGCCCUGCAUGGAUGCUUAUCAAGGACCCAUACAUAAACUGGCACCCACUUCCUCCCAUGCCUGACCUGCCCUCAUGAUAGGCCAGGUGACAUCUGUCCUUCAGCAUGCCUCUGUUUUUCAGAAUGUCUACCAUCAGGAGACAAUCAGAUGAGCCAAUGUGGAGCGUCAUGAAGACACGUUCCUGGGAUCAUCCUGGAAUCCUACUCUGUCUCAGCUCAAGGGGGUUCCGAGAUUUCCUAAGCUAGCCCUCUCAUUUUACAGCUGCAAAAACGGAGGCCUGUUAAUUCAGUCAUUUUAUGAAAUCCUUUGAAAUUUUUAUUGAGCUCUAAUUGUGUGUGAAGUAUUAUGGAAUGCUUCUGUACUGGAAUGCAUAGGUUGAACAAGACAGAUAAGGUCAAGAUGGCAGAAGUUCAAGAGCUUUCACCAACCCAUAUAGAGAACCUAGUAAUAUUAAUGACUAAUGUUAAUGAAUGCAUGCUUUUUACGUGCCAGUCACUGUGCCCGGCAUUUUGCAUGCAUUAUCUGAGUCCUCACUACAACGCUGUUACGUAGGUACUGUUAUUAUUACCAUUUUCCAGAUGAGAAAACUGAGGCUGAGUGAAGGCAAGUUUCUUGCCUAGGGUCAUAGAGCUAUAAAGUAGCAGAGUCACAACUCAAAACCACAUAUAUGUGAUUCCAAAGCUCAGGUAUGUAACCCAUUUAGCCACUUUCACUGUGAUAUGCAAGGGCCCAGGAUUUCAUAUAUGGCAAAGCUAUCAUUUCUGGGUGGACAUGUUUAUGGGCAGUGGGGUACCAGACAUAAACAGGCCAUUCAACACGGGGAGGGCAGUGUGUGAAGGAGGCCAGCACAGGGGCUCUGGGAACACAGGCACCUCUGAUGAGAAAGUAGUUUUCUUUCUGCAGUACUGUUCUGAGUAGCUCAGCCUCUUGUUCCCCUUCCCCAGCACCCAGAUUCACACCUACAUGCUGUUAGACAUUCACCCCAUUUAGUACACAGUUAUGCAUACACGUGGCUAUUGUAGCAAUUGUCCAACUUUCACCCUGCAGCUGGGCUGCUUUGCCUUCCCCUGUAGGCUGAGCUCCCAGCUCAGAUUCCAGGAACAAUAGCUAUUUGUGGGACAGGAGAAUGUCAGCAGUGAAGGGCAGCAUGGCAUGAGGGCCAGCAUGUGGCUUUCCCAAGCAGAGACCUGGGUUCCAGUCCUAGAAGGCAAGGCAACUGUAUUAGUUUGCUCAUGCUGCUGUGACAAAAUACUACAGACCAAAUGGCUUAAACGACAGAAAUUUUUUUUUCUCAGCGUUCUGGAGGCUGGAGUCCAAGAUCAGCAUGCUGGCAGGGUUGGUUUCCCCUUAGGACUCUUUUCUUAGCUAGAAGAUGGACACCUUCUUGCUAUGUUUUCACAUAUGGUCAUUUUUCUGUGUUCAUGAAUCAUGGUUUAUCUUCCUCUUCUUAUAAGGACGCUAGUCAUAUUGGAUUUGGGCCCCAUGAAAAUGGUUCGUUUUAACUUACUCACCUCUUUAAAGAUGUUAGCUCCAAAGAUUGUUGCAUGCUGAGUUACUUGGGGUUGGAACUUCAACGUAUGAAUUUUGGAGGUAGAAGAUAUAUUUGAGAGUAAAAAGGGGUUCUGUUAACCCAUUUAUGCCUGAGGUUGCAAUUUUUUGAAGUUUUGCAAUCAGAUCUUGGCAAUGACCUGGAGCGGUAGGAUAUAAAUAAUUCCCACAUGCUUAGCAUUCCAAUAAUGGAACACUAGGCAUAAAUGGGCUAAAAAUUACUUUGGAGCAGCAGUCUUAAGUGGACCAUUUAGGGCAAACUGGAACAUAUGGACACCCUAACAUUCUGGCCCCAUCACUCACUCUACAGCCAUCUUCUUUUAAACCACCACACCUCUCUGAGUCUCAGUUUCUUCAUCUGUUGAAUGGAGAUAAUCAUAUCAACUCCCCCAAGCAGGCACUUUUAAAAUACUAGUAAAUGCAUACUGAUUACCUGACAGUACUGAGCACCACUGCAUGCUCUGUAAAGGUUAACCAUUGCUAUUAUUGAAACCAAACUGCUCACUGAGGUCUAUGGGCCUAUGUGAUUUGACCUCUAGCUGCUUUUCCAAAUUCAUUGCUUCCCCCUUCCCCCUUCUCCCUUCUAUUUUAUUACACUGGCACCACAAAGGCCGCCCAGCAGUCAUAUAUCAAGCACAUUCCUGCCUCAAGGCCUUUGUACCUGUUGUUCCCUCCACCUGGAAUGUUUUCCCCUAACCCCUUGCUCCUUUACUUCAUUCAGGUUUUUGCCCAACUGCCACUUCCUCAGAGAUACCUUCCGAGGUAUAUGAUGAGCUGAUAUAAAAUAAUGCAACUAUUGUUCUACCUCCAUUGCCUUAUUCUUUCAUGCUACUUUAAUUGGAUUCAUAGCAGUUGGUAUUUUAUUUUAUAAUUGCCUGUGUAUCUAUCUGUCUCUUCCGAUAGAAUGUAAGCUCCCCAAGGGCCAAGAUUCUGUAUGAACCAUUCACCAACGUAUCCCCAGUGCCCAGAAUGGUGCCUGGCAUAUGUGCUCAACAAAAUAAACUGAGUGGAUUAUUUAUCCAUAUUCACUU